GCAAAUCCAUCAGUUGAAAAUUGAGAUUUCAAUGUUGAAAAGAUUUUGCUUUAGCGAAAUUCUAUUAAUCUGGUUUUAGAUAACGUUCCUGAACUGCACUAGUCCUUGUGAGCAAGGAUUCGGAAGUCAGAGAACGUGUGACAUUUGUAACGCAAUCCAGUUGGGGAAAGUCAUUUCCUCUCUCACUACCUCUGUACUGAACUGCGAACAAAGGUUUCAGUUCAACGGCGAAUCGUUUUGCAAGCCAGAGGAUUUGCUAUCUUUGUAUCGUGAAUGCUUGGUGAAUUACAACUCAACAAUUACAUACUCACAGAAGGGACAAGAAAUUGUCACCUUGACUUUUGCAAUCGCAGCAUUGACUGGAUGUGGAAGCGAAGAUACAGGCAAUCAAUAUUCUAGCUUCGAGUCACGAUGUGCGUAUCUUAAUACGGUACUUGACAGGGGAUCCACCACUAUGCCAAAAGUCGUAUUUCCACAACACUGGCUAAACACAAAAGCAUUUCAACCAAGUUUGAAAGCGAAGGAGGCAAUGGAGAAAAUAUACCAUAGUGUCCGCUGUUCACAAGACUGUCCUCCAUGGCAGGAGCUGUGCGCGAUGCGAUACACAUGCAUGCCGAGGUAUCUGAAAUGCCAACCAAUCCUGCAAGUGCCACCAGAAGACAUGUACCCCGUGAUUGGCCAUGUAGACAUGACUGACUUGCGAAGCUCUGUUUUUUCCCUGUCUGGAUUCAUCAACGAAACAACCAUAGUGACAAAACCACGAAUGGUGAACCAGCAUGGAGACUGGAUAGUUCACUUCUCCAACGGUCGUUCUGCUAACCUAUCUUGCACUUCAGGAGGGCUUGUUGUCUCUUCAUCGACAUAUUUAACUUUUGAAUCAAACAAUGACAACGCAUACGGCAUACGAGUUUUACAAUAUUAUAAUGUGACAGAUAUGCAGUUACGUGGUUUCUUACCAAAUGGAUUCAACCUCGCCGAAGGUGCCAUUGUUAAUACCUCGCUCAUAUACUCAAGCCCUAAGAUGGCUGCUUUAUUGAUAAGGCCUAUAGGUAGAACUGAGCCAUUGACGCUGAAAAAGGAACUCCCGUCGCUUAUGUUUCCUGAAGAUACCAGAUACGACAUUCUAGCGAAAUAUCCCUUGCAUCUGCAAGAUUUCUUUGAAUUUAGAAUUAAAAUAGAAGACCACGACGUAUCCUCAACAUUGUACCCUUACAUUCCUAAACCAGAGUUAGACUUAUUCUACAAGUAUAAAAUGACAUUUGAUAAUCAUCGCCCUGUUGCAAAGGUAAUAUCAAUGAGCGGAAGUGGAGCAUGGAAAGCUAAAGUUCGCGGAGAAGAGCUUUCUAGUGGUGCUCUUGAUUUGAGAAUAGGCUCUGAACUGACCUUGUCUAACAGCGAGGUUUACUUUGUACCUAAUACGCAUUGGCAUGGAGUUGCAUGGCUGCACUUCAACGUAUGCUACUGCAAUCUUCAGCAUCUUGAAGAAAGAGCUGUUCCUCUCAACAUUACCAUCAAAGUACAAUCGGUGAAUGAUCAGCCAAUUGCACUCACAAAAGCGUUGUUUCUUCCAGUUAUUGCCUACAACACCACAGCUGUGGCAAAUGAAGGGUUCUUGAUAUCAUCAUUACAAAAGUAUGUAACGGAUGUUGAUAAUCCAUCCGUCGGUAUUGCAGUACUCUCUGCAUCUUAUAGUAGAAUUGGAAUGUGGUACUACAACUUGGGCAAUACUUCCUGGCAAGAAUUCAAGCAGCGUAAACAAUUGCAACAUACAGAAACAGCAGGUAGUCUUGAUAUUUUGCGUCUGAAGCCUGACGAUCAGCUGAAGCUCGUCCUCCACGAUAAGGCAGCUGUGUGGUCUCACUUGAAUGCAAUGAAGGGUGCUUGGCUGCAUUUCAUGUUUUGGGACAUGACAGAUGAUAAAAGUAACGGUAGGUUAUGUUAUGCAGCAUUCCGUAGUGCCUCAAACAAGCGCCCCCCUCAAAUAAGAGCCGCCCCUCAACCUUCAACAUUCCUUUCUUCAACCUUCAGAAAUGGGAAGAUUACUGCGAUUACUAAAAGUAUCUCUUAUAAAGUAUUUUAUUGCACUUGUUGCAACAACUCAAAUAGACGAUUUCAAUAUAUUGUAGGAUUUGAAAUUGUCAUGAAAGAGGAUCUUCGAAGCUCGUCCUCCUAUAGUACUGAGCUGUUUGGAUUUAUGCUGAAAAGGGGAUGUAAUGGUAUUCCAGGAUCGCUUGCGAAGGUGGAUAAAUGCAAUGUAUGUGGAGGUGACGGUAGGGCAUGCGUGGGCUGCGAUGACAGACCUUAUUCGGGUGAGUUUAAUGUGAAAUGUAUCAACAAUUCUAUUGUCUACUACAUAAGGGUACAUGUAGCUUUUGUUUUAUGCUGUGCAUCCCCCUCAAGAAGAGACAUAUAUCGAUUCGAUUACGUGAAUAUAAUAAACUUGAGAUCUAAUGUUUGUCGCUUAAAAUACUUUCAUUAUUGGUGUGCUCGCUACGAUAGCUGUGGACAGUGUACAGGCGGUAGCACUGGACUAGCUAAAGACUCUAUGCGGGAUUGUGCGGGAACAUGCGGGAUGGCUGAAAUUGAUGACUGCAAUAUCUGUCAAAGGAAAACAAGCGGGGGCUCUAGAAAAAGCUUUAAAGAUUGCAUGGGGGUCUGUUUCGGCCGAGCUAGAUUGAACAAAUGUGGGCAAUGUUAUGGGGGUACGUCUUCUCUGAACAGAAGUGCUGGUAUGGACGUAUGCGGUGUGUGUAAUGGGGAUGGAACAACUUGCAAUGGAUGUGACGGUAUUUCCAACAGUGGCAAAAUACUGGACAACUGUGGAUUCUGCUUAAACCCAAAGGAUCCCUUCUUCAAUUCAAAUUGCACUAAUAUAUCAGGAUUCAAGCCCAGGAACGCACCUACAACAGGCGGUAGGAGGUUGGAAAUUACUGGUGCAGGAUUUGUUGCAUACAAACUUGCAAAUUGUUGGUUUGAGGGUAAUGGAAGAAAUUUUUCUGCUGCACCUGCAAAUAUAUCUAACAAGGCAAGCUUCACCAUCAAAACUCCGGCGACAACUAGCGGUAUAUACAGGCUGAGAUGUUCCUUUGAUAACUCUGCUGAAGUUCACGAAGCAUGUCUCAAGUAUUCAAGUUCUACUCGGCUGUUAGUCUGUAUGGAAAAGAGGGUAAUGUCUGUUGCGGACCGGCAAGGGUGUUGGAAUGCAAUUGCACCCCUGUCCCCUUCAGUCACACAGCAUGUCCAUAGAAGCAUCCCUAGGAAAUUGAUGCCUGCCGACCCUUGCCUAUCAUUUAAAUCUCAUUUUCUCUUGUCAUUUUCAGAUGAGCUUCAUUGCGCAAUACUGUCCGAGUCUCGAUCACUACUGAUCAAAGCAAAUGUGCUCAGUGAUAGGGAAUCAAUAUGCACACUGCCUGUGAUUCCAAGGUCGAUGAAUCUACAAAUCACAGUUGUUGGGUCAACAGAAGAUGGUGAUAUGACGUCAUUAAAGAGUCUUCCGGCUCAUGCUUGGAAGAACUUGGAUGUUUAUGCUGCUGCACCAAGACCAGUUACGGCAACACUGAGCAAAAACCUUAAGACAAUACUGAUCAACUUCGACACUAAGAUACAUCUUAUGAGUAAAGGCUGUGAGUAUAUAUUCACAAGUGAUGUGGUAGCAAAGCUAGGAAGAAAAGCUUCCUGCUAUAAAAGAUCUUUAAACCAACUGGCAGUUCGGCUAGGGCUGUCAGCAAGUCUGGUGCCUGGGGAUUCUUUGGUCUUUAAUAGUGGAGCUAUUUCGCAGCAUAAGGAAAUGAUUUCUGAUACAACGAACAGCGCAAUUAUUGUGCAAACGGAGGCAAGUUUGAACCCAUUAAUGGUGCAUAUAACGGGGCCUUCUCAAAUCGGAAUUUGUGGUUCUGCCCGUCUCAAAGCAGAAGCCUCGGGCAACGCUGGAGGAAGGAAACUGAGCUUCUCAUGGAAUGUAUCUUUUUCAGAUGAAGUUGACAUGAAUCUUGUUACAGAUAACGAAACAGCGGAUCUUCUAGCCAUAAGAACACACCUAAGUAGUCUACCACUACACAGCCAUGUUAUUUACAUAGGACCUCAGAAUGUAAAACCAAGCACCUCUGAGAGGUACCUUGGCUAUGAGUUCUCCGUUAUUGCCAGCAACUUUCUAGGACAAACCAGUAACAUUAAUAAAUUCAUCGUCCAGAGAACAAGCACCAAGGCGCCAACAGUAAAAAUUCUGGGAGGGUUACAAAGAAAAGUCAGAUCAAACAAGAACCUUGUACUUCGCGGUGCUGUACGGCACUCCAGUUGUCAGAGCUCAAAAGAACUCUUGAUUUACCGAUGGGAGGUGUCAUCACCAGAGGUAAAGCUUGAUAAACGAUCCAGAAGUAGCCCACGGCUUUUUGUACCACGAGGCAGUCUCUUAGGCGGUGGUUCUUAUGCUUUUACCUUAACAGCUAGCCUUGCCAAUGAUCCGUUUGUCUUUUCAAGUGCUUCCGUUGAAGUUUCAGUCGAAAGUGCAGACCUUGUUGCUAGAUUCAGAGGUGGACGGUACCGUGUUGUAGGCUCUGACUCUAGCUUUACUUUGGACGCUUCCCCUUCAUACGAUCCAGACAGAGAUUCGACAGCGACUGAAUCCUUCAACUGGGAAUGCUAUGACCAGCAAGCAAGUCCAUGUUUAGUUCCCCAUGUAAAUGACUCGAGCAGAAUGGUACGCCUUAUAUUAGCUGCAGCAAAGAAAGUCAAAAUCGAGAGAGGAACACUGUCAUCAAACGAAACGUACUCGUUUUUUUUUACGUACUCCAAAGGAACAAGAUCGGUGUCAAAAGAAAUAAGAAUAGUAAUCAUGCCAGGUUCACCACCAGUCGUAAAGAUACGGCCACAAAGACACAGCAAGGUCAAUUCGGAUGAAAGGGUAAUUGUAAAAGGGUUUGUUCAGAGUGUAACAUCAGGUGGUGUAGACGUAUGGUGGGAUUGCUUAGAUGAUGAUGGCUUCAAUUACAUAAACCUGACAGAACCUGGAGUAGCAAAGUCGUCCAUUCGUCAAAAAAUCAAACGGACAGGAAUAUCGUGGUCUGUUCUUGUAAUAAACAAGGGAGUUCUUGUCGAAGGAGCAUCUUAUAAACUUAGAUUAACUGCACAGAAUUCACAAGGCAUCGGCUAUGCAAAAAAUAUAAUCGUCGUUAAUGGUCCACCGACCCUCGGAUCAUUAACAUCAGACAUCUCACAAGGUAGACUCAGAAAAUUUAACAUACAAUAUCUUAAUGGUACAAAAACCAUAAUGGCUGUCAAAAAAUGCAAACAUUUUCAGUCAUACUUAAGCUUUUCGUCUGACACUCAAUCGCCUGAAAUCCCACCAAUAGGUGUUGCUCUGCAGACAUUAUUCAACCUGCAAGCGAUUGAAGGCUGGACUGACGACCCAUUGGACCUUCCGCUUUCUUUCAAAUUUGGUUACAUUAAAGCAAAUGGUGAAGACGCUUUUCUUGGAGGCGUCAGUCAAGAAACCGAAAUGACUGUAGUGCUGCCGGCUGGUGAAGCUAAGAAUAAUUUCAAUUUAACAUUAUUUGUCGACGUUACUGAUGCUUGGAGAGCAAAAACUCGUGCAUAUCACACUGUAGUUGUCACACCUCUGACUGUUAUAGACAAAAAUGCCGUGUCGCACUUUGCUGACAACAUCGUGGAUGCAUUCAAAGCGAAUGACCUAUCAUCAGUGAUAGGACAGGUCACGUCAACAGUCAAUGUACUGAACGAAGCUAGUUCAACAGAUGGAAGAAUUGCUUUCAACAUCUCUACUGAAAUUCAUCGAAAUAUUAUCAAAUUCAAAGAAAAUGCGACAGCUGGAAUCAUCAACAUCCUGAAAACUAUUGUUGAUUCUGAAACUCAGAACAUGAUUUUAACUCUUAUGUCAGACGUGACAAAGGAUGGAAAAUUUUUCGACAGCUUGCUUCGAGAUAACAUUGCAGACUCGCUAGCUUCCAUCAUAAAAGGGCAGAUAAAGCCAGAUCAUUUGGUUCCAGUAGCACCAACAAUAUCUUCAAUGCAAGCGCCAGUUCUAGUUCCGUCAGAAGACGUUGAAGAAGAUUUCGCAAAAUCCCCCGAAGAGGUUGAGAAAAUUGUUGAAACCUACGAUAACAUCAUCAAUGUAACUGCGCAUGAUAACGUGACGAUGUCGAUGAAAAGGAAGUACACUGGUUUGACACCUUAUCUCUUGCAAUCUAUGUGCUCGGAUUCAGAGUUUGGUGACAACGCAUCGCUAGCAAAGUCAAAUUUGUCUACGUUACAAAGCUACAAGUACGAUAUGGCUGACGGGGGCAAGCAAAACAUCUCGGUUGAAUGCGAUGACUGCGAGAAGAAUGGUAUGAUCAAUCUUGGAGGUGAUUUGGCCUCGAAAUAUAGCUCCUGGGAAUGCACACAAGAAUAUACAUGCAACGGAGUAUGUGUUGGCUCUGUCCAAUAUCCAAACGACAUUUUUUCUGACGAACAAAGCCAGAAGAACAACACAAUGGUAUCUAAUACACUGCAAGUCGAACUGUUCAAUCCAGAAACUAACGCUGCGAUCCAUGAACAGCACCUUACUUCACCGAUCACAAUCAUGGUCCCGAUUGAUGAAUCAAAAUACAACAGCAGUCGUCAGACAGAGUGCCGAUAUUGGGAUGACUUCAGCUCUACUUGGAAGAAUGAUAGCUGCACAGCCGAACAAGAACUGACAACCAUCGGCAAUGAAACAUAUGUUGUAUGCCAUUGCACCAGAACAGGGACAUUUGCAGCUUUUGAAGCACCAGUAGUUGGAAAACUUGAAGGGAGCGAAGACAACACAGAUGUCAAAAAACCGAGUUCGGCUAACACGACAAAAAAUGACCCACUUAUAACGCUCUUCGUUAUUCUGGGCAUCUUCGGUUUAUCAUCUGUUCUCGGUGUUGGUUUCUUCGGAUACGAAAAACACAAAGCGUCCGUUCAACUUACACCACGCAACUCGUAAGACGAUGCAACCGUCUCUCAGCCACAAGAGUUAGCCACAAGCGUUACCAGUGAAAUGCCCGAUUCAUUUUGAAAACAAAAUGUACAAUAUUCAUUUUCGGUAGUUUAAUUCUACAUUCUUGAAUUAUCAUUGACGUUGCGAUAUAAAUCAUUGAAAUUCUUGAUUUUAUCAUCUGAAAAUUAUUCAUGUUUUUUGUAAUGAUGUUCUGGUAGCUGCUGAUAGCAAUAUAUUAAAA